AUGGAGAUGCAGGAGAGCCCGAUGUUUUCAAACCCAGCAGAUCAUGAAGGGGAGGAGGAAGUAGUAAUGGCGUCGCAGGUACUCGAGAUCAUUUGUGGAUUUGCCCCAGAGUCUAAGCUAUGCAACUCGGAACCAGAGGAAAGAGACAUAUGGUCUGUCGAGGAAGGAGACGAUUCGGUGUUCUACAGUGACGAAGACCUAGCUGGGGAGCGCAGAGAGGCCAACGGAUCUCAUGAUUCAGCUUUUCACUGCUCUCUUAAAGGCAAGCAAGAAAGACCUCAGCUGAGUCAAACCUCAGAAGAAGAUCCACUAUCUGAGGAGAAGAAUGGACAGGCACCACCAUUUGAGACACCCGAUGAGGAGAGCGACCCAUCCCAGCCGAGCUCCGGCUCAGAGUCAGAUAAGGACGGCGCCGUAGGCCAUCUUGAUGUGUUACCAUUGGACCCCGUUCCUGGCUAUUCUACUCUACCUCUCCCAAAGAAGUCCUCCGACACCCUCGGAGAUCAGGAAUCCUUCAACCACCUUACCCCAACCAAGUACAGCUCCGUAUCCUACCGCAAGAUUCGGCGAGGGAACACACGCAAGAAGAUAGAGGAGUUUGAGUAUAUCAUGAUGAAUUUGUAA